AUGCCCGCCACGGGCAAGCCGCCGCGGCGGCGCUGCGUGGCUGUGGGCCGCAGCAGCAGCAGCAGCAGCAUCUGCCAAGACUGGCUGCUGCCGUGUCUAGACACUCUAUUUGCUGCUUUUAGUCGGGCCUGCAGCUGCGACGUAGACCUCCUUCCGAGCGGCGACGGGGGCCCCGCUGCCGCGUACGGCUUCCCGCUGCUGCUGCAGCAGCAGCAGCAGCAGCAGCUCGCCGGCGACGCCGUUUGCCUCCGCUGCGGCGCCACUGUCGACUCCCAGGCCCUCCGCAGCGCCUGGCCAGCCCCCCCCCGGCCUUUAUAUUCUUCCGCGCUGCCUGCUGCUGUCUUCAAGUCCCCAGACCGCCUCCAGCAGCAGCAGCAGCAGCAGCAGCAGCAGCAGGAGUCCGGCAGAAUCCCCCUGCCCAGCUUCUCCUGCGCCCCCGCGGCUCCCGAGCCCGUCAAGCGGACCAAAGAAAAAAGACCACUGGACCCCUCCAGCCGAGCCGUUCAAAUUGGACUGCGGAAAAGCGCAGCUCUGGGCUUUCCCACGGACGACGAGGGGCUGGUGGCUUUGCCAGCCUUUAGUUUGGGCGAGGCGAAGUGA